ACGAUAACAGAUAAAUUUAACCCACGCUUCUAUAGAUUGAUUUUGAUGAUUGAUUCUGAAAGGACAGUGCGAUUCACGACAUCAACAGCAGCACCAAUACAAACAGACGAGCAUACAGGACGGUCAACGGUACCGAUACUGAAUCAUAAAGACAACUUGAACCUCCUCUACGAUAGUCUACUUCCAACAAUGUUCGCAUAAGCUCGCCACUCCCCUCGGUCUUACCUCGACAUGACUACCGACGACACGUCCGACUCGAGGACGUCCUCCGUGGGCCGGAAACGCACUCUGCAACAAUCAGUUGGCAAUGUUGCUGAAGUAGCUGCACAAAGCCCGACAUCUGAUUCGGAUGGAGGUCGGCCAUCUGGACGUGCGAAUAAGCGCGCCAAACCAAAUGGCAACGGAGGUGUUGAGAACGAUGCUACCCCGGCAGUGACAGACAAUUCGGCGGGUGCCGCUGAAGUCUCUGUUGAGAAACCUAAAGAUGCGACAGCUGUGGCCAUGUCAUGGAACAAGGGCGUCCAAGCGACUGUUCGGACCUCUCUUGGUGGUGGCGCGAAAGCAGCGAAGAAGGCUGCUGCAGCCAACAAGCCACCCGCGGCUGAAAAGAGCCAAGAGGAGCCACCUGUUGCAGGAGACACACCUGCUUCUGGACCAGAAGUUUCUCAUGAUAAGACCAAGCCGGCAAAGAUGACAAGAGCCCAGAGGCGAGCCCUUUCUGCCCUCGACGUCGCUACUGCCAAGCCGGCAAAGCCUGCGGAUUCAAAUGUGCCUGAAAUUUCGAAUACAAGCAGCCUUACUUUGCCUUCACCAACCGAGAGACGAGUGAGGGAAAAACCGGCUGGCUAUAUUACUCGCGACCUCAGAACCAACUUUGUUUAUGAAUUGCUCAUCAGGAACAACAAUGUUGUGGGCAAAAUGGAUCUAGAUUCGAUGGUUGCUGCAUGCGACGCAUAUAUGAACAAGCACUACUCUAAGAUCGAGAAGAAAUAUGGGGCUGUACAGCUGAAAGAUGAGUCCUUUAUGGGGUUCUGCAGAAACCGACUGAAGGAGGCGAAAGCAGGCACGAUGUCAACGUCCAAACCUGUUUCUACUGCAAGUUCCGUAAAUGGGCGAAGUUUAGGGGACAUUUCAUCUACAGAUUCCGCUGCAGCUUUGGCUGUACAUGGUCAGAGCAGUGCCGUCGAGCAUUCCACCAUUCCAAAUGACGGAAACCAGAAAGAAAGGCCAGCAGCAGUUGUUUCAUUGAUACCCGAGGAUGCUGAGGAUGAUGAUGAAUACUCCCCUGAACUCGAACCCAUGGUUUUGCCAUCUUCUAGUGCAGCCCGAGAGACGGAUCAGAUCCUCAGUGAGGCUGAAGCUGCUCUGAUCAACAAAUAUUACCCAGGCUUGCCACGUGGUACCAUCCGCUGCCUUACUUGUGGUAACAAUGGGCACUUGGCCGCCUCCUGCCCUCAGCUGAAAUGCUCUACCUGUGGCGUCCAUGGCGUUCAUUUCACAAACUCUUGUCCGAAAACCAUACGCUGCAGUAAGUGCCAUCAGCGAGGCCACCAAAAGCCCACCUGUCCCGAGAAGCUCGCCCUCACCGAAUCCGAGGGUGAAGCUUGUGAUACCUGUGGUUCUGGGCACCACACUGAGGACUCCUGCCACUUUUUGUGGCGUAGCUUCAAACCAGACUUGGGAUCGGUUCGGAAGGUCCGUAGCCUCGUAGCAGAUUGCUAUAACUGUGGUGCGGAUGGACAUUAUGGCCCUGAGUGUGCGCUUAGUCGCAGUGCCUCAUUAACAGGGGGAUACACAUGGUCCAUGGCAAAUAGGGAUCGUUACGUAGACACCAAGAUGAGCAUGCCUGCGAUCUCAAAUGGGAGAGAUUACCUGCCCGCCAAGCCCCAGAACGGAUUCAGCAUCAAGGGAUCUGCCAAAUCGAAUCCCGUAACGCUUGAUGAUAGCGACGAGGAAGAUUUCAUUCGGGCAAAGAUAGCUCCACCGCAAUCGAAGGGCCACAUACGCUUCACUGGCGGCCGUCAACCGCUUGAAGAGCGAUACCAGCCUCAGCCUCCACCACCUUCCAGUUACCGGGAGCCACCUCUCUCAAACUCCUAUCGAGGAAAUGAUGACCAUUUCAGGUUCGGGGAGGGACGGCCAUAUAGCCCCCCACCCAGUUAUCCUGAUUAUAAUCAAGGGCGAUAUGAUGAUCAGUAUCACAACUUUGAUCACGACAACGACUACCGUUCCAAUGGCCAGCCAAUGUUACCAUUUAGAGGCGACAACGAUGGCCCUCGCGCGGGUCCAAACCCCAGCAAACGCUCAAGAAAGGGCGCUGGUAAUGGGCCGCUUCGUCAUGACAACGUGGCGCCUCCACAGUCUCUUGCUGGAAAGAAGAGUGGCCGUGGGGGCCGCGGUAAAGGCGGAGCUAGGGGUGGUGGAGGCCGAGGUGGUGCGAACAGAGGUAAGAAAUAAAGCGUCGCCCUAUAAAGUUAUGUUUCGGGUCUGCGAGACAUUGUACAUUUUGUUUCAAGAUAAAGCAUCAUGAAUGGUGCUGCAUAUGUGGUAACCAAGUCGAGCUAUGCAAGCGUGGACCUGGUAUAAGGGAUCCUACUUGUUCGAAGGUUAGACCACUGAAAGUUUAUGGAGUUACCAAGACUUUAAAGUUGGGGCUACUGUAGAAAUAAUCCUGGGUACAAGGUAUUACGUUCUUCAGAGUCUGGGUUAUAUGAAAGAGGUGAUUGUUACCCAGUUAGGGAUUGAGUUAACCAUUCACUCAAGGAGCAAUGGAGUUGUAGGGGCUGUCAACGAGGAGAAUUGAUUCAUAAACUUCUUAAUUGC